AUGUGCUGGUGUACUGGCACCCAAUCCUGGACCUCCACACAAGCAGGCUUCGAGCUUUGCGGCGCAAAAAAGGGUCCCUUGGAUGUACGGAGUGUACUCGCUAGCAACAUUGCUGCCCAGAUUCCACAAUUCCCCUACACUACAACCAGGCCCUUGCAGCAGCAAAUCCACGACACGCUCUCGCCGGCCAUGGACUCGUCCGAUCUCUUCACCUCGUCCCCGGCAAAAGCAGACCCUGCUUCCGACUCCGAGGACGGGCCCAAGACCCCGACCAAUCAGAAUGUGCGAUUCGACGCAGAGGAGGUGCGCGAGGCCGCCCUGCGGCGAGAGUUGGAAGGCGUGCGCAACAUCAACGAAGUCAUCGAGGGCGUGCUGGGGACUCUGGAGCGGGCCAAGGGCAACAUGAAUAAUGUCUCUCAGACGGUGAACAAUGCGUCAACCUUGCUCAAUACCUGGACGAGGAUAUUGUCGCAAACCGAACACAACCAGCGCUUGAUACUCAACCCGGAGUUCAAGGGCGCGACACAGGACCUGCUGGAGAUAGAAAGCGAGAACCUGCGCAAGCAGCAGGAGGCGGAGCGCAAGGCCGAGGAGCUGGAGCGCCGAAGGGAAGCCGCCCGCCGGAAGGCCGAGGAGGACGAGCGACAGAGACUAGUGGCUCCCUCUUCGACUUCGUCGAGUAGAGGACUCGCUCGGGGAACUAGAUCGCGUGGAAGAGUGUACUCCCGGGGCUCAGGCAUCGGCCGCGGAGGCAGCACGAGCGGAUCGAUGUCGGACACCAGCACAUCAAGUCUGCAGCGCACACGGAGCGGGUCAGGCAUAGGAAGGGGUUUCGGUGGCACGAGAGGAACGCGGGGAAGAGGUGUCAGGUAA